AUGGCCAACGCGCCCGCACCCCCCGACACCGGCGCCCUAGCAACCGACCACAUGAAACUCCACGAGCUCACCACAGCCGCAAGCCUCCAAUACAAGCUGAAGAACUACACCGCAGCCGCAGACCUCUUCUCCGACGCGCUGGAGCUCCAAGAUCAGAUCUACGGCGAGAUGGCGCGCGAGAACGCCGAACUACUGUACCAGUAUGGCCGGUGUCUGUUCCACGUCGCGGUCAGCAGCAGCGAUGUGCUUGGCGGCAAGAUUGCCGGGGAGGAAAAGCCAAAGGUGAAGUCGAGGCCGAAGAAGAGGGAUAGUAAGGGGGCGGAUGAGCGAGAGGAGGAGCGCAGGGAAGCGGUGCCGAGCGCGGAGGAGAGGUUGGCGGAGGAGGUUGUGGAGGCUGCGGUGGAGGAGAGGGAGGGCGUGAAGCCGGCGGCAGAAGAGGGGGUCGAGAACAAGCCAUUCUUCCAAAUUACCGGCGAUGACAAUUGGCUCACGGAUGACGACGAAGAAGGGGAAGAGGCAGAAGACGGCGAAGCUAACGCGGAAGAUGACGACGACUUCGCCAUUGCAUACGAAAUCCUCGAUUCGGCACGGGUUUUGCUCUCGCGGCAGCUCGACGCACUUAAAACUGAUACUGGUAAUGGGGGCGCCAGUGUGUCUGCAAAUGAGGGCAAUGGGCAAGCCCUCGACGACACCGGUAUCCGGCAGGUUAAAGAACGCCUCGCAGAGAUACACGACCUACAAGGCGAGAUCUCACUUGAGAACGAACGCUUCCAAGACGCCGUUAAUGAGCUCCGCGCCUGCCUGGCGGUCAGAAAAGAGCUUUAUCCGGAAGAAUCCGCCUUGCUGGCUGAAGGUCACUACAAGCUCGCCCUGGCAUUGGAGAUGUUAUCUGUAUAUGCCAUCCGGGACGCGCAGCGGGAUGCUGCUGAGGGGAAAACUGCUGCUGAAGACGAGCCAGAGGUUGACGAAGACCUCCUCGCCGAAGCAGCAAAAGAGAUGGAGGCCGCAAUCAGCAGCUGCAAGCUUCGAAUCAAGAAGGGGGAAGCUGAGCUCGCCACGAUGGAUCCUGCGGCACAAGAAACACUGAAGCAGAGCGUCAAGGAUGUAAACGAGAUGGUGGAAGAGAUGCAGCAAAGGCUUCAUGACCUCCGGAAUCCCCCCAGCCGUAUGCCUGCUGCCAUCGGCCCUGCAGGCGCUCCUGAUGGAAGCAAUCCGCUCAACAGCGUCCUUGGCUCCUUGCUCGGCGAGAAUCCCGCAGAACAGAAGGCCAGAAUCGAGCAAGCCACGAAGAGCGCCAACGACCUAUCGGGGCUUGUACGGCAUAAGAAGAAGCUCAUCGAGGCGGAUCAGGGCAUCGCUAGCGUUGUGAAUGGUAGCAGCAAGAGGAAGCUGGGUGACGAAGACGAUCAAGGAAGGGAAAGGGCUAAGAGUGCUAGGAUCGAUGAAGCAUGA